UAACUUCCUGCUUGCCAGUUGUGCUUGAUAGCUAGCUUUGGUCAUUUUUUAAUAUAACAAGUACAGUAUCACCAGUUAGCUUUCAAGAUGGGAUGUGAUGGCGGAACUAUUCCCAAAAGACACGAGUUGGUGAAAGGCCCCAAAAAAGUGGAAAAAGUUGAUAAAAAUGCAGAGCUGGCCGCCAAAUGGAAGUACUGUGCCUUGAGCCAGGAGAAACUCAGACGCCCCAUCGUUGCCUGUGAACUGGGAAGGCUUUACAACAAAGAUGCAGUCAUUGAGUAUCUCCUGGAUAAGUCAGCUGAGAGACCCAACAGUGAGGUUGCAGUGCACAUCCGUGGGAUGAAGGACAUGAAGGAGCUCAACUUAACUGAUAACCCAGAGUGGGAGGGAGAGAGGAGGAACGCCAAAGGGGACCGCUAUGAGGACAUGCACUGUGCCAUGUUCAUUUGCCCUGUUGUGGGCCUGGAGAUGAAUGGCAAACACAGGUUCUGUUACCUGCAGACUUGCGGCUGCGUUUUCUCUGACAGGGCCCUGAAAGAGGUCAAGACAGAAAUCUGUCACAAGUGUGGAGACCCAUUCCAAGAAGAAGACAUUGUUGUGCUCAAUGGCACCAAGGAGGACGUGGAGAAACUGAGGGGAAAAAUGGAGGAGAAACGGGCCAAGGCUAAAGCUAAGAAAUCCAAGAAGAGCAAGGCGGCUGAAACUGUGUCCAAACCAUCAGAUUCCAAAGACGACACAAGUUCUCUGCAGGUGCACGUACCAGGGAGCAGCUCAACACAAAAUGGCAGUGCCAGCAGCCAGUCAGCUGUGGCCGGGCCGUCUGGAUCCUCUAGCUCCUCUAAAGAAGCCAAAUCCUCCACAUCCACUGCCACCAAGAGAUCCAUCCAGCACAUGGAUGAGAAGUCAGAGGCUUUCAAAUCACUGUUCACCACCCACAGCUCUGCCAAGCGCACUAAAGAGCAGACAUCCAACUGGGUUACCCACACCCCAUAUCACUUCUAGUAACUGUAUAACCAGCGCCCACAACGACCACUAGUGCAAAAUAGGGUUGCUUUAUGUUGAGAUGCGCAAAAGAUUGUGAAAGGUCACAAAAUACAUUACAGACCCAGUACUGCUACUUCUGUCUCUCUGCCUGAACAUAAAUGUGUGUAUUCAUCACUCUCUCUGGCACACACACACAAACAUCCUCAUCACUUCUAAUAGCCAUGUCACCAGUGUGUUGACCCAGUCCCAAAUUGUCUUCUCCAGUCCCCAGUUGCCCAGUGUUUACACGUUGUGAACAUUUUGUUAAUAACUCCCCAAGCAUGGGAGCGUCUUUGUUUUGUUGCCUAGUUCCCCCUGUACACACUCCCCAGGAUCUCCAUGUUCUCUAUCAAAGGUGCAUUGAGAAUAGGGAGUAGUUAUGGAUUGGCCUACAAGAUAAUAAAAAUGUUCCUCUUACCUGGUUGUUAGAUCAGAGGAACGCCUCUGCUGACAUCUAGUGGUGAGGGUGUGUAUUACAGACUUUACUGAAGCCAUCACAUCGCGCCUCAUAGCCUUGAUUUUUAUUAUUCAAGCAGUGACCUGAACUUAAAGGCUCUCUAAAACCCCGUGCUGAAGAGAGUACAAUCGGUGUUAAUCGAUGCUGCAGUUAUAGACUGUGUAAUAUCGUUUUUUUUUUUUUGUUUGUUUUUUGUUUUUUUUUUUGCUUGUCGGACCCAGCAGAAUGAGCUUGGCCCUAUCAUCCUGCAUGUGUUUCCUUUCUGGUUUAGCAAAGGUCUGUCAUUGUUAUUUAUCCUCCUUUUGAGUAUUCAUUUUUCUCGCAAAGUAUACAGGUUUAAAAAUGAAAGAUAGCUUACGUUUGUUUUUGAUAGUCAACGAAAUAUGAGUUUUAUUAUCGAUAAUCGAAACUUUUCUAUUGACCCUUUUUUUCAGCAAAAAUAGCCUUGUUAGAGAACAUUCAUGAUUUGUGUUUUCAUUGUGUUUAUGUGUGGGCUUAUUUGUGAGAUUUUCUUUUUCUAGUCGCAGGUCCCACCUGUAAAAAAGACAGAAAUAAAGACAUUUUUAUUCAAACAUUCCGACUUGACUCAGAUAUUUUCCAAGCUUGACUUAUUUUAUACUUCAAAUAGUAAGUAAACUGCUCUGUGCUGUUUAAACAAAAACAUCCUACAAUAAAUUGAUAAUUUUAAUAAUGCAUUUCCAGCUCACAUGUAAGGGGUGUAGCGCACUGCCCCCGCCGCCUUUUAUUGUCUUGAUUAAGGACAUCUAUCGGCAGUAUUUGACAGCAUGUAGAUGUUGGAGACCGUGCCACCUCAGCACAGCAAUUCUUUACUAGUGCUGCGAUUUUAAUCCUAUUCAUUCAAUAAAAUAAGACCUGAGCUCGAUCCAAAAUUACACUCUUCUUCUCAACAAAGGCCAAACUGUGCUGGCGCAGUAAUGUGAAGACGCAGUCACUAGGUGGCAGCAGAGGCGGCCUCAUCUCACGCUGUGAGUUUGCACAGACACACGGUUUGCCCGCAGUGCAAGAAAGUGGGAGAGCUGCCUGUUCCUCAUUAAAUGAAAGUUGGGCCAUAAAUAAUCCAAUCAUCGUAGCUAAAGGUUGAAAUAAACACUACAUCUUUUUGUCUUUAUCCAAAUGAAUAUUCUGACAUGUUUUACUGUUUAUUCUUUUUGACUGCCUGACAUUAAAGCGCACGUUUCAACAUCCAAUACUUUUU